AACAAUCAAAAUCUCUCUCAAUCUCUCCACACUCUAUAUAUCUCUCUUUUAUAGGAUAUUGGGGUUGUGUUAUUUUUACUUGGGAAAUCUUUGUUCGUUGGCUUUUGUUGUUGGGAUCACUGUGAUAUUGCAUCAUGGAGCUUCAACUGGGUCUUGCUCUUCUUCCAAGCAAUUCAUCACUUGAUCAUGUUCAGGGGUUUGAUUUGAACAAGGAGGGACUUAUAAUUGGUUCAAAUCAUCACCACGAAAUAAGGUCCAACAAGAAACCCAGGUUUUGCCAGGCAUUUCUGGAGAAUAAUGAUGAUGAUGAUGAUGAUCAUCAUCAUCAAGAUUCACUGCCUAAAACGCUUCCUUUGUUGUGUUGGAACAAUCAGCCAAACGAGGGAGACAAUGACCCUUAUAGAGACCUACACAAGUAUUCCACUUUUAGCCUCUCCAAGAAUGAGGGAGAAGAUGGAGUGGUGGGGUGGCCACCAAUAAAGUCAAGGAGGAAGAGACUUUGCUGCAACGUUGGUGAUCGAUCGGAGAUCAAUCGUACGGUGGAGAAUGGGUGUAGUUGUGGUAUGAGGGUAUCAAAGUUCAUGUACGUGAAGGUGAAGAUGGAAGGAAUGGCAAUAGCAAGAAAGAUCGACCUGAGCCUCCAUAGUUGUUUUGGGACUCUCACGGACACCUUAAUGGACAUGUUUGGGAAAUGUCAGGAGGACUCAGGCAAUCAUAAACUCACUUAUCAAGACAGGGAAGGAGAUUGGUUACUUGCCCAAGAUGUACCUUGGAGAACCUUUAUAAGGUCUGUUCAACGACUCAAAUUGCUGAGGAGGAUGUAAUCAAUCUUUUUUUGUUAAUCUCGCUUCUUUGAUAGAAAUAAUUUUUCUUUUUCUUUCUUUUUUCAUUUGAAUUUGGAAACUGUAUGUAAAAUAUAGGCUAUGUAAAACAUCCUAAUUAGUUGUAUAACAUAUGCACUACCUUGAGUUUACACAA